GGUUAUACGUAGCUUCAGUUCUUCUCCCAGAGAAGGCAGAAACACCUCAAAGCCUGCAUGUAGGAACAUCUACUGAGAAAUUAUUUUAAUCAGACACCACCUGAGCAGGGGAAAGAAAAAGAACAGAGAAGAACAAACAAAACUCCCUCGGUCUUGGAUGUAAGGAACCCAGCUGCAAUGGACUGGCACUCUAUCAGAGCCGCGGUGCUGUUAAUUUUUCUGGUGGUGGUGGAAGUUAACAGUGAAUUUCGAAUCCAGGUAAGAGAUUACAACACCAAAAAUGGCACCAUCAAGUGGCAUUCAAUCAGGAGGCAAAAACGUGAAUGGAUCAAGUUUGCUGCAGCCUGUCGUGAAGGUGAAGACAAUUCGAAGAGGAACCCAAUUGCCAAAAUUCACUCAGAUUGUGCUGCAAACCAGCAAGUUACAUACCGCAUCUCCGGAGUAGGAAUUGAUCAGCCACCUUAUGGAAUCUUCGUCAUUAAUCAAAAAACUGGUGAAAUUAAUAUUACAUCCAUAGUUGAUCGAGAGGUCACCCCGUUUUUCAUUAUCUAUUGCCGGGCUCUGAAUUCACUGGGUCAAGAUUUAGAGAGGCCUCUUGAGCUCAGAGUCAGAGUUUUGGAUAUAAAUGACAACCCUCCAGUAUUUUCUAUGUCUACUUUUGUAGGACAAAUAGAAGAAAAUUCUAAUGCAAAUACGCUGGUGAUGAUACUCAAUGCUACUGAUGCAGAUGAACCUAAUAAUUUGAACUCAAAAAUAGCCUUCAAGAUCAUAAGACAGGAACCUUCUGAUUCACCAAUGUUUAUUAUUAACAGAAACACUGGAGAAAUUCGAACAAUGAAUAAUUUUCUAGACAGAGAGCAAUACAGCCAGUAUUCCCUUGCUGUGAGAGGCUCUGACCGAGAUGGUGGGGCAGACGGCAUGUCAGCAGAGUGUGAAUGCAACAUUAGAAUCCUUGAUGUUAAUGAUAACAUCCCAUACAUGGAACAGCCCUCCUAUUCCACUAGUAUUGAAGAAAAUGCCCUCCACUCAAAUUUGCUCCAGAUUAGAGUAAUCGAUUUGGAUGAAGAGUACUCAGCUAACUGGGUGGCAGUGAUUUUCUUUAUCUCCGGAAAUGAGGGAGGUUGGUUUGACAUAGAAAUGAAUGAAAGGACAAAUGUGGGAAUUUUAAAGGUUAUUAAGCCCCUAGAUUACGAAGCUAUGCAGACGAUGCAACUAAGUCUCGGUGUCAGAAAUAAAGCUGAAUUUCACUCUUCAAUUAUGUCUCAGUAUAAACUCACAGCAACAGCAGUCACUGUGGCUGUGUCAAAUGUAAUUGAAGGUUCGGUGUUCCGUCCAGGUUCAAAGACAUAUGUGGUAACUAGUAACAUGGGACAGAAUUAUAAAGUGGGAGACUUUAUAGCCACUGAUCUGGACACAGGUAGUGCUUCAACAACUGUUAGAUAUGUAAUGGGAAAUAAUCCAGCUAACCUACUUGAUGUUGACUCAAAAACAGGCAUAAUUAUUUUGAGAAACAGAGUUACCUGGGAACAAUAUAAAAUGCUUGGGGGAAAAUACCAAGGAACAAUUUUAUCUAUAGAUGAUAAUCUUCAAAGAACUUGUACUGGAACCAUUAAUAUUGACCUUCAAGGUUCUGGCUGGGCUGAAAAUGAAAAGGAUAUUAAUAGUGGUACCAAUUCCGGAACUAGAGGCGGUGAAACCAGUACUAACUAUGGCACUGGGACCCAGACAAUGGAAGGUGGUGAAGGUGUAGGAGCAAAUCUCUCAGAUAAUGUCCAUUUUGGUCCUGCCGGCAUUGGACUGCUCAUCAUGGGAUUCUUGGUUCUAGGACUGGUCCCAUUUUUGUUGAUGUGCUGUGAAUGUGGAGGUGCCCCUGGCGGGGGAGCUGGCUUUGAACCUGUCCCUGAAUGUUCAGAAGGAGCACUUCACACAUGGGCAGUAGAAGGCCCACAGUUGCCUCCUGUAAGUGACACUGUGUGUGUACCACCCAUCUCACCUCCUGGGGCAAAUCUAAUUGAAUGCAUUGACACUUCAGGGGUUUACACGAAUGAGUAUGGUGGCAGAGAAAUGCAAGAUCUGGGAGGAGGAGAAAGAACAACAGGAUUUGAACUAACCGAAGGAGUUAAAACUUCAGGAGUACCUGAGAUAUGUCAAGAAUAUUCUGGAACAUUAAGAAGAAAUUCUAUGAGAGAAUGUAGAGAAGGAGGUCUGAAUAUGAACUUCAUGGAAAGCUACUUCUGUCAGAAAGCAUAUGCUUAUGCAGAUGAAGAUGAAGGACGCCCAUCCAAUGACUGUUUGCUCAUAUAUGACAUUGAAGGUGUAGGUUCCCCUGCUGGCUCUGUGGGUUGUUGUAGCUUCAUUGGAGAAGACUUGGAUGACAGCUUUUUGGAUACACUGGGGCCUAAAUUUAAGAAGUUGGCAGAUAUCAGCCUAGGAAAAGAAGUUGAACCAUAUCCAGACCCUGAUCCUUCUUGGCCACCUGAAGGCACUGAACCGAUCUGCCCUCAGCAGGGAACAGACCCCAUCACUGGUGGACAUCCACCCAUCUCCCCACAUUUUGGCGCCACCACAGUCAUUUCUGAGAGUACCUACCCCUCUGGACCUGGUGUACAGCAUCCUAUGCCCAUUCCUGAUCCUCUGGGCUAUGGUAAUGUUACUGUGACCGAGUCUUACACCACCUCUGGCACUCUGAAGCCCUCUGUCCAUAUUCAUGAUAAUCGACAUGCAUCAAAUGUAGUGGUGACCGAGAGGGUGGUCGGCCCAAUCUCUGGCACUGAUUUGCAUGGAAUGUUGGAGAUGCCUGACUUGAGAGAUGGGUCAAACAUUAUAGUGACAGAAAGGGUAAUAGCACCAAGUUCAAGUCUACCCACCUCUUUGACCAUGCCUGAUCCUAGAGAGUCAUCAAAUGUGGUAGUGACAGAAAGAGUAAUCCGACCAGCUUCUGGCAUGAUGGGCAAUCUAAGUAUACACCCUGAGUUAUCAAAUACCCAAAAUGUGAUUGUGACAGAGAGGGUUGUUUCUGGCUCUGCCAUAAGUGGAAUUAGUGGCCCAGCUGGGAUGACUGGAGGCAGUGGCCUGGUUGGCAGUGUAGCUGGAGGAAGUGGUGGUGGCAUUGGGUUGAGCAGCCUGGGAGGAGGUGGGGGCCUGAGUAGCAGCAUGGGGGGCACAGCCACCAUUGGCCACAUGAGGAGCUCCUCUGACCAUCACUUUAGCCAGACCCUUGGAUCUGCCUCCCCUAGUACUGCCAGAAGUCGAAUCACGAAGUACAGUACGGUACAAUAUACGAAGUAGCCAGGAUCCCAGCACACUUGUUCUCAGCUGUGGUGAUUCAGCUUCA